AUGGGUUGGGCAGAAGACGUCAAGAUUCGCGAUCCCUACAAUUUUGUCAAAUCCGAUGACUUCUUCCAAAGCAUUGACAAUGGCUCUACCAAGAUCAAUCGUCCCAAAUCAAUCAGCUUCAAGGAAAGUGAUCAGCUUAUGAGCGAUGGAACUAAGAAUCCUGCUUGUAGCCACGGCCGCGUCUUUCGCUUCAACGAUAAUUCACUUCUGUUGAUUCAAUUCGUUCGUCCCAAGGUUUGGCAGAUCCGAUUUGAUCCGCAUAAUGAGAAGAGUGAGGACUUUACCGAUUUCAACACUCGAACUAUUAUCAAGGAUACCCUUAGCUCGCUUAUCAAGACCCUCGAUGGUCUCGAGAAGGUGUCCUGGGACGUUGAAGUCCUCGAAGACCCGCAAUACAUCGUCUUCCAAUCCGUGCUCAACCCCAACACUCCCAAUCGUCAGGUCCAGCUUCAGAUCUACAUCCAGCGCGACCCUUUCCAGAUCACCGUCGUUCGUGUCCUCGAAAGUCAGCCACCUGCCGAGAAGCUGCCUCAGCUCCAAAAGAAGGCUAUCCAUGCCGACAAGAUCGACUUGCAUGAGACAAAGGGUGCCCAGGCGGCCAUCAUUUGGAAGACUCGACCCAAGGGAUUGAUGUACACUGAGCGUGCGACUGUCUUUGCAGUCGAGAAAUCUGUUACUGCGGACUUUAUGGGUUUUGGUGAGCAGGGUGGUAAGCAUCUGUUCAAGAAGAAGACGUACAUGAACUAUUUCAACUUCGACAACAUGCGAUACCAGAACGUCUACGGUAAAGGCCCUCUCGAUGACCGUGAGCCUCUGUACCACUCCGAACCCUUCUGGAUCGAAGUCGACUCCCACCCAGGCUACCGCUCUCAAGUCUCCACCUUCAUCGACAACUACUCGCAUAUCUGCGUCGACGUAGGCGUCAAAGAUGCCGGCGCAAUUCGCGUGGCAACUCGCUUCAACGCCUUCCGCGCCAUCAUGGUCGCUGGAGACAGCAUGCAAGAUCUCGUCUCAACCUACACUUCCAUCGUCGGAAAGCCGCGUCUCAAGCCAAGAUACGUCCUUGGCUACCACCAAGCGUGCUACGGCUACGACAGCCAGGAGUCUGUUCUUGAGUCUGUUGCUGAGUACCGCAAGCAUGACUUUCCUAUUGAUGGUAUGCAUAUCGAUGUUGAUAUGCAAGAUGAUUAUCGCACUUUCACUAUUGACAAGCGUGAUAACCAUUUCCCUGAUCCUGUCAAGAUGUUCAAGACUCUUCGUGAGCAGGGUGUCAAGUGCAGUACCAAUAUUACACCGUACAUCAGCUCCAUGCCCAGCGACAGUUACAAGACUCUCAAUGAGGGUCUUGAGAAGGGCCAUUUCAUCAAGGAUGAUCGCGAUCUUGAUCCUACGGCUCCUAACUAUUGGGACCACCGUUAUGUGGGCUGGUCUGUCGGAAACCAGAUCUUCUUCGAUCCCAACACGAAGAAGCCUGAAUACUACCAGCCGGAUGAGUCCAAGUUUGUGGAUACCUUCAACACUCAAAAGCCUUUUCACGGUGGCGUUUACUAUGGUUGGGGAAAUGGUCAUCCUGGACACUAUCCCAACUUGAACAACAAGGAGGUUCGCAAGUGGUGGGGAGAGCAGUAUAAGUAUCUGUUUGAGUGUGGUCUGGACUUUGUCUGGCAGGAUAUGACUGGUCCAUGUAUUGCUGAAGAGUAUGGGGAUAUGAAAGGUCUUCCUUUCCGUCUCAACCUCGACUCGGACGGCUGGUCCAAAGAUGCGGACAAGUCAAUCCGUAAAAAGGCCAUCGAGAUCUGGUCCCUCUACAGCUACAACCUUCACAAAGCAACAUACCACGGCCUGAAUAACAUCCAUAAUAUCUCCGACAGCCUCGAAUGGCGUAAGGACCGUCGCAACUUCAUCAUCGGACGCGGUUCUUUCGUGGGCAGCCAUCGCUACGCAGGUCUCUGGACCGGCGACAACGCGUCUACAUGGGAAUUCCUCGACAUCUCGGUCGCCCAAGUGCUCGCCCUCGGAAUGUCGGGUAUCACCAUCUCAGGCCAGGAUGUUGGCGGUUUUGAGUUUGUCCCGAAUGAACGUGACUUUGUCAACCCCGAGUUGCUCAUUCGUUGGUAUUCUGCUUACUCGCUUCUGCCGUGGUUCCGAAACCACUACACUAAGCGACGUGACUGGAUCGAUGGACCCAGGAAGGGGACUAUGAGGAAGGAUGGUAAGCUGUUCCAGGAGCCUUAUGCUUAUCAGAAGCAUUAUGAGCAGAAUGGUUGGAAGUAUCAAGGUCGUGAGAAUAUGCUUUACAGGGCAGUUCUUCCUGUUUGCAAGUACUUGAUUAGACUCCGAUACAGUCUCAUGCAGCUCAUGUAUGAUGCUAUGUUUGAGAACAUGAUUACUGGUCUGCCCAUCGCCAGAGCGAUGGUCAUCACCGAUGAUAUCGACCGUAGUCUCUUCAACGCCGAUAACCAAUGGUACACUCGCAGCCAGUACAUGGUCCGCAACGACCUCCUCGUCGCUCCAGCGCUCAUGGAGGAAUCCAAGCGCGCUACUCGCAAGCUCUACCUCCCCUACCCCGACAAGUGGUUCCCCAUGAACCUUCGACCCGACGAUCUCGGUGUUCCUCUCAACAAGGCCGCCAACGGAGGAGACCACAUCGAGUACGACUGCCGCAUCAGCGCUGAUGAUGCUCAAAUCCCUUACAUCACUCCUAUGUACAUCCGAGAAGGUGGUAUUAUUCCCAAGAUCGCUGUUCGAAACUACAUUCCCGAUCCUUCUCUUCCUGCUCAGGAUCCUAACCCUAUUACUCUUCACGUCUACCCUGGAAAGGACAACGACUACGAAAUGUUCCUCGAUGACGGUAUCUCUCGCGACUCAGCCCCUAUCGACGGUCACAGACCCAAGGUCAACGGCAAAGCCACCGACGAAAAGGCCGCCAACAAGUACUGCAAGGUCCUGAUCACUCAACGAUCUGCACCUAUGAACGAUGCCACCGGCGUCAAGUACAUGCGCAGCAUCGAAAUCAAGGCCCCCUUCAACGGCUUCGGCGAUCUUUCUCGAAUCGUCGGCAAGGAGUACACUAUCGCUCUCUGGCACGAACCUACUGUCGACAUCAACACUCCUCAGGUCAAAUCUGAGAACAGAGCUGUUACUUCGCGAACUGAUGCUAAUGCGAGAGUUACUCUUGUUACCCUGCCUGUCGAUCUUGCGCAUACUGAGAAGGGUGUUGCUUUCAGCUUGACUUAUGCUGAGAUGCCGUGA